GGCACUUACGUAUUUUCUUACAAAAUUAAUUGCUUGAUUGUCCUCGUUUUUUAAUUUUCAAUGGAUUCAAACGAGUAUAAAAUUGAAGUUCAGAGUAUUUUAAGUUAUGCAUUAAAUAAUAAUAUACCUCCAGAGCAGGCCGAUAAAAUAUUUCAAGAGUGCUUUUGUUUACUUGAUAUAAAAGUGCAUUCAAGGAUAAUCACUGCUUUAAAAUGGCUUAAAUUUGUUGGAACACUGUUUUGCGUGAUUUUUUUAAGUACGUUUAUUUUGUACAAUCAUCCACAAACACACAGUUUACUUUUGAGAAACUUACAAGGAUAUAUUUAUCCUGGAUUUCGAAUCUUUCGAAAACUUGCUGUACCUGUCAUAUCAACUUAUCCAUCACUGACAGAAUGGUACGAUGAGUGGUGUAUAGUAGAAAAUCCAUUUUUCAAAGUGAACGAAAUGGACUGUUGGCCCUGCAGUAAUGUGGAUUCAGUCAAAAACUAUUCUGGUUACAAAGUCACAUUUAAUUUUGGGACGCCGUUUACUCGACUUGAGAGGUAUACAAAUUUUGAUAUUGACGAACUCUUCAAACUGUAUGUACAAAACGAAAAAUAUUUCAGAAACACACGGUGCCUAGUAAAUAACGAAACAUUUGAUAAGAAUGCAAUUGUAAAAGAAAAAAAACACAUAACUUGGAGGAUAAAUCGUAUGGAGAUUGAUCGAAAAUUGAGAAAAUUAUUACCUAAACUACCGGGCGUGCCCGAUUGGUGGAACCCAAGCACGGAGAAAUUUGUUUUCUUCGAUAAACCGGAUGCUAUAAAAUAUAGUUUGCCAAACCCCGAAUGCGCUAAUGUAAUAAUCCAAUGUAUCAGCGGAGAGCGAUUGAUACAAUUAUUACCUAGUCCGGAGUGUACGCGGAAUUGCCAUAAACUACAUGUACUGCUGUCAGCAUCUCAAAGCCUAUGGUACAAUUGGUGGUACUGGCGUCCAGUUAGUCUUCCAUCAAGUAAUUCAACAAACACAACAAUAACGUAUCUUACAUCAUUUUGCUAA